AUGGGGGAAGGACUGGGCGAAAGGCGACUGGAGACGUCCGACCCGGGCUCCGCCACAGACGCGUCCGUCAUGGAGAGCCAAAAAUACUCGGCCUUAUAUAUGGGCCGCGCGGUGGUGAGCAGCGGCUACAGCAAACACCUCAUCCCGUGGGUCGUCAAGGAGGUUGUCAAGCAGGCCAGGUACGACCAGAAGACCUGCGGGCCGCCGCGGUGGCGCUGGCGGUACCGGCGGUUAGACGGUCCGGUGGCGGCCGCUGGCUGUCAGAAGCACACAUGCACGGACAGCACUGCGCCCGGCUGUGGGGCUGGCAGCCUGCCAGCCGGCCAGCAGCUCCGACCCUUCAAACCAUUCGAGCCUGAUAAAUCGGCCAUGAAAGUGGCGUCGGCUGAGCCGACCGGCCCCGGCCCUGGUCGGGCCGGCUGCGCGUCCCCGGCGCGCGUGGACCAGCGGCUGCCACGGGACCGGGUCGCCGCCGCCGCCAAUCAGGGCGCUGGACGACGGCUGCUGCGCGGAGAGGUCGGCACGGUGCCGGUGAGCGGGCCCGAGUACGAGCAGUCGCGCUCACGGGUGGCGGCGCUCGUCCCGCGCGGCGCCGGGCCGGGCCGGCUUGACAUGGCGGCGCGCUUCACCGAGGCCGAGCGGCGCGUCAUGUCACCGGCCGUGCGGUACGCCCUGCUGGCCGCCCAGGAGGCCGAGCGAACCGGCGUGGUGGUCGGCGUCAACAUGACGGACACGCUGGAGAUCCUGGCCACGUCCGAGCAGUACCAGGCGGCCGGCGCCAGCGGCAUCGGUCGCCACUUUAUCCCGCGCAUUUCGCUCAACAUCGCCGCUGGCCAGCUCAGCAUGCGCUACAACUGCCGCGGCCCCGUGCACACCUGCUCCAAUGCCUGCGCCACCGGCAGCCACGCCGUCGGCGACGCCUUCCGCUUCAUCCGAGACGGCUACGCGGACGCCAUGUUGGCCGGCGCCACUGACGCCAACGUGUUCCCCAUGGCGAUGGCCGGCUUCUCCCGGCUGGGCGCGCUCAGUACCAGCUACAACGGGCAGCCAGCGCGCGCAUCGCGGCCGUUCGACGCGGCGCGCGACGGCUUCGUGCUGGGCGAGGGCGCCGCCGUGCUGGUGCUGGAAUCUCUGGAGCACGCACGCGCGCGCGGCGCCAGCAUCGUGGCCGAGGUGCUCGGUUUCGGGCUCUGCUCGGAUGCCUUCCACGCCACGGCGCCGCGGCCGGACGGCGACGGCGCGCGGCGCGCCAUGGCGCUGGUCCUGCGCGACGCCGGCGUGCCGCGCGACGAGGUCACGCACGUCAACGCGCACGCUACCGCCACGCCGAUCGGCGACGGCAUCGAGGCACGCGUGCUGCGCGACAGCAUGCCGCACGCGCCGGCGGUGUCGGCCAUCAAGGGCGCACUGGGCCACAUGAUGGCCGCGUCCGGCGCCGUGGAGGCGGCCAUCACGGCUCUGAGUUGUCUGCACGGCCGCGUGCCGCCCAUCGCCAACCUGACGCGGCCCGACGUGGACGGCGUCGACUACGUGCGCGAGGAGGCGCGCGUCUGGCGCGUUGACGGCGGCCGCCGCGUCGCUCUCUCCAACUCAUUCGGCUUCGGCUGCGUGAACGCCGCGCUGUGCAUGGCUGAGUUUGUGGACUGA